CCCGUUCUUAUGUUCUCGCGAGAAGUGGCUCUCCAUAUAAAAAGCCCCAACAGCGAGCACUGGCAGUCUAGUCUCCACCUCUUCGCCGACGCGGCUGGUUAGCGCCUAAAUUCAGUGACCUAAAGAUGGCUGCAGGCAAAGCUCAAAUCGGAAAGAUGGCUCCAGAUUUCACGGCCAAAGCUGUGAUGCCAGAUGGUCAGUUCCAGGACCUCACGCUGUCGGACUACAAAGGCAAGUACGUGGUCUUCUUCUUCUACCCUCUGGACUUCACCUUCGUGUGCCCCACGGAGAUCAUCGCAUUCAGCGACGCGGCGGAAGAAUUCAGGAAGAUCGACUGCGAGGUCAUCGCCGCCUCUGUGGACUCCCAUUUCUCCCACUUCGCAUGGACCAACACUCCUCGCAAGCAGGGCGGUCUGGGCAGCAUGAAGAUCCCCCUGGUGUCUGACAUCCGACACACAAUCUCCACGGAUUAUGGCGUCCUGAAGGAGGACGAAGGGAUUGCCUACAGGGGUCUGUUCAUCAUCGACAACAAGGGCAUCCUGAGACAGAUCACCAUCAACGACCUCCCGGUUGGACGUUCUGUGGAGGAGACCUUGCGUCUGGUUCAGGCCUUUCAGUUCACCGACAAGCACGGAGAAGUGUGCCCGGCCGGCUGGAAACCAGGAAGUGACACCAUUAAACCUGACGUCCAGAAGAGUAAAGACUUCUUCUCCAAACAGUGAUAAGACCAAGGCCAGAGUCUGCCGCCUGCUCUAGCUCUCCAAGAUGUCGUAUAGAUGACAGAAGUAUGUAGAUGCAGGAGUGAAUAUUUUAUAUCCGCUUGAGGACAUCUAGGGAUUAAUGUUCUGUGUCUGGUUGUCUUUUAAAGUGUGUACUAAGGACCAAUGUUUUCUAUUCUUAUAACACAGCACUGUUUUUAUUUCCCGAGAUUGUUAUAUGUCAUUCCUUAUCGUACAAAAAAAUAAUAAUGUCAAGUCUGA